AUGCCCCAUCCGCCCCCCCGGAAUCUGCCCUUCCUAUGCGUGCAGGCAGCAGGGCGAGUGCCGGGUGGCAUGGGUGAGAGUGGCGGCCACAGGGGAGGAGCAGCUCGUUGGGCGGCAAGGCACGUACAGGGUAACAACAGAGGACGUGGGGAGUCGGCUGCGAGUGGAGUUCACUCCUGCACGUACACAGUGACAGCAGAGGACGUGGGGAGUCGGCUGCGAGUGGAGUUCACUCCUGUGCGGACCGAUGGGGUCGUUGGGGAGGUGGCUGCUGUCACCACCGAUACAGUCACACCAGACCGCCGUGUGUGCAUUAGUGUGUUGGAGGGGGGCGUAUUGCAGGCAGGAGGGGAGAUGCUAGAGUGUGCUGCAGCGGGGGAGAGGGGAGGGGGAGAAGGCGGGCUGGGGGAGGGGAGAUCAGGGGAGGGUGGAAGGGGAGAAGGGGGAGCGGGGGAGGGGGAUGUGUGGGUGGUGUGGUACAGGCAGGGGCGGGAUGGGCGGAUGGAGCGGAUAGAGGGGGCGGAGGGGCGCACGUACGUGCCUCAGGAGGCUGACUACGGCUGCUGUGUGGUGGCGGGGCAGGGGCGGGAUGGGCGAAUGGAGCGGAUAGAGGGAGCAGAGGGGCGCACGUACGUGCCUCAGGAGGCUGACUAUGGCUGCUGUGUGAUGGCGGGCUGUCGCCCGUGGCUAUCUGAUGGCACAUGGGGCGACGAGGUGCUCUCUGCUCCGGGGCCCAUCGUGCUGCCAGGUAAGUCCUUCCUUGCACGGCCCCCAACAUCUUCCACCAUCCCACCCCACCCCCCACCACCACCCACCACCCCUUACCACCCUCCACCAUUCCCAACCAUUACCACCCCUCACCACCGCACACCAGAGCUGUCGGACGAGGAGGCGGUGUCACUGGAGGUGGAGGGGCGGGCGGAGGUGGGGGCAGUACUGCACGCCCUGCAUGCUGUGUCGCCCGCCCUGGAGCCAUUCGUCACAGCUGUUCACAUGCAGUGGUGGCAGGCCAGCAGCGGCUCCGACUCGCACCGCCCGAUCGACGGCGCCACGUCAGCGCGCCUGCCAGUGACGGCGCGCCACGUGGGCGCGUACCUGCUGUGCUCCGCCACCGUGCUGGACUCGUUCGGGCGCUCAUUCAACUCUGUUGCCACCACCGCCACCCCCAUCGCUCCUGCCACUUCCACACCUAUCGCUGCCCCUGCUAACCUUGCCCUCUCAGCCCCCUCUGAGGCUGCGACUGCCAUCCCAGCUGCUGAGACUGCUGCUGGGCCCCAUGGAGCCUCCCCUGGCGAUGCAGACAGGCAGCCUGCCUCUGAAACGUUGCUGGCUGCUCCCGCUGCCACCAGUGCCGCCACUGCGGGCGCUGCUGGAGAGGCUGCAGGCACAGAGGAGGCACGGGGCAUGCAGGGGGCGCAGCAGCAGGGUGAGGGCGAGGGGGCCGUGCUGCUGGAGGGAGGCAGGGGAGCGGCACAAGGCAGGCAUGAACGAGGAGUGCAUGAGCAACGAGGGCGUGAAGGAGGGCAGGACGGCCAGGCAGGCCACGUGGGGGAAGGGCAUGAGCAAGUGCGUGGAGGCAUAGGGGGAGGGUAUGCGGGGGAGGGAGAAGGCAGGCGAGAGAGCAGAGCAUCAGCAGAGGCGGAGAGUGCAGGGUUCCGCCCUGCAGCCACCCCCGCACACUCAGAGCACACCGCGCUGCGCAUAUCAGGAGGGCCCUACCACACGUCGCUAUUCCACCUGCACCUGCCGCCGUCGCCCCCUGCCCCUGCCUGGCUGCGCCCGUCCUCCUGCUGCAUCCAGUGGUUCCGCGUGCCUCCAGGGGGGUUCCACGCUUUGGAUCCGCAGCCCAUACCCGGUGCCGUACCCCUAUCAUCCGUCCCCCCCCCUUUGCCUGGCUGCGACCCUCCUUCUGCUGCAUCCAGUGGUUCCGCGUGGCCCCAGGGGGGUUCCACGCUUUGGAUCCCCACCCCAUACCAUGCUUUGGAUCCGCAACCCAUACCCGGUGCAACGGCCACAACAUACCAAGCUGACGUGGCAGACGCGCAUCAGUGCCUCAUGCUGGAGCUGCGGCCCCUGCCCGCCCAAGACGUGCACUCCCAGCAACAGGAGGGGGAAGCGGAAAGGGAUGGGGAGGAGGUGGUGCUGCGAGUGCUGUCGCCGCAAGUGCUCGUUGACCCCGCAGUGGCGAGGGAUGUGGAUCUCAUAGUCGCAGCAGGCAGCACCAAAGUGGAGGUCAGUUCAGUGCCCAUGAUAGACCCCGCAGUGGCGAGGGAUGUGGAUCUCAUAGUGACAGCAGGCAGCACCAAAGUGGAGGUCAGUGCCCAUGAUAGGUGGUGCUGGGGGUGGUGUGGUGCUGGGUGGGGUGUGGUGCUGGGGCUGGUGUGGUGCUGGGUGGGGUGCGGUAACUGGGUGGUUGUGUGGGUACACCGUACGGCCAUGUGCUGCCUCCCCUGCAACCAUCCAGACCCAGCAGUGGCGAGGGACGUGGAUCUCAUAGUGGCGGCAGGCAGCACCAAAGUGGAGACACAUGACGUGGGGCGGUCGGGCCGGAGGGAGCACCGAGUGGUGGACGCCAGUAGAAAGCGGUUCAAAGUGGUGAAGCUCACUGCACUCGCUGCCAUCAACCGAGUGGAAGUCAGAGCAACCUACGACCCGCCCUUCAGGGUAACACUCACGGCUCAGGUGGAGACAGAACCGGGUGAGCGGGAGCGCAUGUGCGUGGUGGUGAGUGCAGAGAGGGAGGUGCAACUCACACUGCCCUCCUCCCCCUUCCUCUUCCAUCCUCUCCCAUCUCUCAUUGCACCACGUGUGGAAACAGAACCGAAUGAACGGGAGCGCAUGCGGGUGGUGGUGAGUGCGGACAAGGAGGUGGAACUCACACUUCCCUCCUCCCUCUCCCACCCCCUUCCUCUCCCAUCUCUCAUUGCACCCGUGUGCCAUCAGGUGGAAACAGAACCAGGCGAGCGGGGGUGUAUGCGGGUGCUGGUGACUGCAGGCAAGGAGGUGGAAACUGAGCCGGCCGAGCGGGAGCGCAUGCGUGUGGUGGUGGAGACAGAACCAAACGACCGGGAGCGCAUGUGCGUGGUGGUGAGUGCAGAAAAGGAGGUGCAACUGACACUGCCCUCCACCCCCUUCCUCUCCCAUCUCUACUUGCACCACGUGUGCCAUCAGGUGGAAACAGAACCGAAUGAACGGGAGCGCAUGCGGGUGGUGGUGAGUGCGGACAAGGAGGUGGAACUCACUCUGCCCUCGCAGCGAGCCCGGGAUGUCAUGGUGCUCUGCCUGCGUGCCUUCAUGCAGCAGCACCGCACUGCCAAGCACCAUUAA